AUGUGCAAGAGUUUCGGUUCGAGCUUAUCCGGCCCAGCGCUACAAUGGUACACAAACCUCCCGAAUAGAUCCAUCGAUUCGUUCGCUCAACUCACCGACACGUUUGUGGAACAGUUCGCCAGCAACAAGAAACUCGAGAAGCUGUCAACCGACUUGUACAGAGUAUACCAGAGAGAACAUGUCAGCAGGUAUAAUAGAGAGAGGAUUUCCAUCCCAGCAUGCAACCCUGAGACAGCCGUAGAUGCCUUCAGAAAGGGUCUCCUCCCGGACGGAAAGCUAUUCAAAGAACUUACAAAGCUGGGAUGCACAACAAUGGAAGACGCCCUGGCCCAGGCAGUGAUCCAAAUAAGGUGGGAGGAGGAUGAGAUAAACCGAACGAUUCACUCCAGAUAUGAACCAAGGCGGAGCGAUAGGAAGCCAGAGCCUGGACCGGUGGAGCACCGCUACCACCCUCCAGCACGCAAUAUGGGCAAAGUCAGGAAGCCUUAUGAUCACCAACCCUCGAGAAAUGAUAAUAGGCAGUUUGGAUCGAACCGACCCAGAAUACCGGAUUACAACCUCAACGUCGAACCGACCCAGGUCGUAGUAAUAAUGAAAGGAUUAGGAUCCACCGUCAAGUGGCCUAGCAAGCUCCAUCCCGAGGCAAGGAGAGACACAACCAAGUGGUGCGAGUUCCAUAACGACCAUGGGCACAACACCGCAGACUGUAUUGUCUUACGACUCGAGGUUGCCGCACUUCUGAAAAGGGGACAUCUCUGUGAUCUGCUUACUGACAAGGGGAAGAACACCAUUAGCCAGAAAAGCUCCAAAGAACUGUCACCCCCUCCGCGGGAACCCACACCGAAAGGUUUCUGUUCGCUCAUCUCCGGAGGAUCAGAGAUCAGCGGGGUAAGUUACUCAUCGGCCAAGCGGUAUGCUAGAGCCAACCACCACCAUGAAGUCCAGUCCAUCCAUCCGGCCUUGCGGUCACACUCUCAUCAGGUAAUUCAGUUUGAAGAUGAUGAACCGGUCACCCUGACCGCUCCUCAUCACGACGCUUUAGUCGUAUCCCUGCAGAUUGCCAACAUCCUAGUGAAAAGGGUGUUUGUAGAUGGAGGUUCGUCAACAAACAUCUUGUUCCUUGAAGCAGUAAAAGCAAUGGGACUAAAAGAAGCAAACAUCAACAGGCGGCUGACUCUGCUGGUUGGGUUCAACUCGGAGCAGAAAUAUACUAUUGGAGAGAUAGUCCUUCCCAUCUACGCCGGCGGAGAGAACAAACAGACCGUCUUCCUGGUGAUCAACGGCCCAUCUCCCUACAACAUCAUUUUGGGUCGGCCUUGGAUCUACGACAUGCGGGCAGUCUCAUCUACCUUCCACCAGACGAUCAGGUUUCCAACCAAGUGGGGGGUACAAGAGAUCAAGGGUGAUCCCAAAGCUUCCAAAGACUGCUACAAGAACGUCUUCAAGAGCAAAGGAAACUCUUCAUAG